CCGAGACCUCGGCCGCAGCCAACUCAGCGGGCGCCAAGUUCGUGCACGUCUGCACCGCAGUGCUCUCCUACGCACUCAUCGACCUUGUCUACACGCUCAACAGCUAAAACGAUGCCGCGCUCCGCGGCACGAACCGUCGGCUGCGCCGUCCUGCUGGCAAGUGUGGAGGUCCAUGCCUUCCUUGCCAAGGCGCCGCGCUCCUUCGCGUCCGCGCCCCGCGCCAUCCCGCGCGCCCGCGCCGCGACGCGCAUGAGCGCCACGAGCACGCGCCGCUCGCUCGCCGGCGCCAUGGGCGUCAUGGCGGCGUCGCUCGCCACCUCCGCGUCCGCGGCGCCGGUCGGCCCGUGGGCCUUAUCUGAGUUCCUCGACGCCGUCGAGAAGGACUCCGUCGAGCGCGUCACCUUCGACGACGCCGGCAAGGCGCUCGUCGCCGUCGACGCCGACGGCGGCCGCCACCGCGUCGAGAUCCUGCCGAGCGAGGGCCCGGAGAUCCUCGCCGCGCUCCGCAAGCACUCCGUGCAGUUCGCGGUCCAGCCGCCGACGCAGGACCCGCUCCAGGGCGUGGGCUCCGUCGUCGGGAAUUUACUCUUCCCGCUGCUCUUCCUGGGCGGCCUCUUCCUCCUGAACCGCCGCGGCGGCAUGGGCGGCCCCGGCGGCAUGGGCGGACCGGGCGGGCCCAUGGGCAUGCUCCAGAAUCAAAAUAAAAUUGAGAUGGAGCCUGAUACCGGUGUCAGCUUCGACGACGUCGCCGGCUGCGAGGCGUCCAAGUUGGAAUUGGUCGAGGUCGUCGACUUCCUCAAGUACCCGGAAAAGUUCACCAAGGUGGGCGCGAAGACGCCGCGCGGUGUUUUGUUGGAGGGCCCGCCCGGUACGGGUAAGACGCUGCUCGCGCGCGCGGUCGCGGGCGAGGCCGGCGUGCCCUUCAUCUCCACGUCCGGUUCGGAGUUCGUCGAGAUGUUCGUCGGCGUCGGCGCGUCGCGCAUCCGCAACUUGUUCGGCGACGCGAAGAAGAACGCGCCGUGCAUCGUCUUCAUCGACGAGAUCGACGCCAUCGGCCGCCAGCGCUCCGGCGGCGGCGGCUUCGCGACGAACGACGAGCGCGAGCAGACCCUGAACCAGAUCCUCACGGAGAUGGACGGCUUCUCGGGCAACUCGGGCGUGAUUGUGUUGGCCGCUACCAACAGAGGAGACAUCCUCGACACGGCGCUCCUGCGCCCCGGCCGCUUCGACCGCCGCGUGCCCGUCGACCUGCCGGACAAGGACGGCCGCGUCGCCAUCUUGCGCGUGCACUGCCGCAACAAGCCCCUGGCCGACGAGGUCGACCUCGGCGAGAUCGCCUCGCGCACCAUCGGCUUCUCCGGCGCCUCGCUCCAGAACCUCAUGAACGAGGCGGCCAUCAUGGCCGCGCGCCGGUCCAAGGACAAGAUCACGUUCUCCGAGAUCGACUACGCGAUCGACCGGCUGACGGUCGGCCUGGCCAAGACGACGGGCAUGAACAACCCCGCUAGACAACGCUUGGUCGCGUACCACGAGGCGGGCCACGGCGUCAUGGCCGCGCUCAUCCCGGGCUACGACACCGUCGCGAAGCUCACGAUCAUCCCGCGGUCGAACGGCGCGGGCGGCUUCACGCUCUUCACGCCCGACGAGUCCAGAAGCGAGUCGGGCCUCUACUCCCUCAAGUUCCUCAAGGGCCAGCUCGCCGUCGCGCUCGGCGGCCGCGUCGCCGAGGAGCUCGUCUACGGCAGUGAAGAGGUGACGACGGGCGCGUCGAACGACCUCCAGCAGGUCCGCAACAUCGCUAGGAGGAUGGUUGCGCAGUGGGGCUUCUCCGGCGACUCGCUGUCGCCGAUCGCGUGGGAGCCGGCCGAGUCGCCGGGCAUGUUCGCUGGCUCCACGGCGGCGUCCGAGGAGACGGAGUCGACCAUCGACGACGAGGUCGCGAAGCUGGUCGACGAGGCCUACGCGACGUGCAAGGAGACGCUCGCGCAGUACCGGCCGCUCCUUGAUGCGACCGUGGAUGCGCUCCUGGAGAAGGAGACGAUCGACGGAUUUGAGCUCGACGCGCUGAUCGAGAAGUACACCGGAAAGCCGGCGCCGAACCCGCGGCCCGAGGCGAUCGCGGUCUAGACGGCGAGUGAACGUGGUGUUCCCCCCCUCCCCUUAUACGUUCGCUUGUAGAUGGGAACCCGCGUAAAGGAGUUACUCGGUA